UUCCUCUUUCCCAGUCAGAAUGCUUUGGCCAAGAUUCUCUCGUUCCACGCUCAUACAGGCCAACAAAAAUGCCAGGAGAAUCUCAUCCACCUCGAUUGCAAAUGAAAAGUUCAAAAUCCUCUUCCUCGGGCGCGAAGAGUUUUCGUGUAUCGUCCUGAGGGAGCUAUUCGCCGCACAAGAUGUUUGGACCUCGCUGGAUGUCGCCACCAAUCCUGAUGAACGUGUCGGACGACGGGGCUCGAGACUUUCCGUUUGUGAAUGCUGGGGGGAAUCUCUGGAGAUACCAGUACAUCUCAUUCCGCGUGAAAAAGUCGAGUUCAGACAUUGGACGCCACCAGCACCUUUUUCCGAGGGCGCGUUACCCAAUCAUCUGGUCAUUACAGCCUCCUUUGGCCGUAUCCUCUCUUCCCGCUUUCUGGAUCUAUUUGCUCCGACGAGGCGACUGAACGUUCACCCAUCCCUUCUCCCAAGAUACCGCGGACCGGCGCCUAUACAGCACGCGAUUUUGAAUUGCGACACUGAGACUGGUGUUUCUAUCAUCAGCAUGCUCAAGAGCAAGGAGGGUAUAGAUGCUGGUGACGUGUGGGGGUCCGAUAAGAUGGCUAUUGUGCCAAACGCGACGUACCGUGAUUUACAAGACUCGCUGGCCCUGCAAGGAGGCAAACUGUUGGUUCAAGUACUACGGGAUAUGAUAACAGGAACCGCAAAAGCAUUUCCGCAGCUUGGAGAAGCAUCCCAUGCACCGCUGAUUACGUACGACGACUCUCUUGUUGAUUUUACCACCAUGUCUGCUGAGUCCAUCGUACGAAAGCACCGAGCCAUCGGGCAUCAGCGUCCCAUCACUGUGUACGCGCUCGACGGAUGCACUAUCCAACUUGGAUCACUGUCGGUGGUGACUGACCCGCCCUCAUUCGUGCGGGACGAGCCUGGGGUGUCGGUUCUUUACAAGUCCAAAAGCACGGUACUGGUUCGUUGUGUAGAUGGGUCAGUCCUGUCUAUCCCGCAGAUGAAACCUGAGGCGAGCCAUUGGGGAACAGGCAAGGAUUGGUGGAAUGGGGUCAAAAGCAUGAAUUUUGUCAAGGACGGCACGUAUAGGUUCAUAAAUAGGCGCUACGUGGAGUAGGCGCACUCACUAAUUUCAUCUGGAUAUCUAACAUUUGGAAAUGUCAGCUCUUAGCCUAGUGCUGUUCUUGAACAAAGAUUCGGCUGUGUGGUGAAACGUCUCAAUCUUCCCCUGUCUUCCUUGGACCACUACGAGCACUGUCAGUUUCUUCUCCUGGCAUGGCGGUGUUCAUGAUGUUAUAGCAGUAAUAUGCGCAAGA